ACUAUGUCUUUUCUCAGGACUGUUUUAAACAACUCUGUCAUCAUUCAUCCUCCAGGCUUCUAUAUCAUUGGAUUUCAGACGUUUCCCUUCAUCAGUGUCUUCUUCAUCUUUUUAGCAUUUGUCUAUGCGGUUACACUAAUGUUCAAUUGUUUGGUCAUCUAUGUAAUUACCUUUAAUCAUUGUUUACACACCCCAAAAUUUCUUGCUGUUGUCAAUCUCGCAGUAAUUGAUGUAAUCCUAAACACGUGCACUAUUCCCGGCAUGAUAAAGAUAUUCCUUGUUAAGGACAACUUUAUUCCAUUCAACUUGUGCUUGUUACAGAUGUUUGUGUAUUAUGCUUUUGUAUCAUUGGAGUCAUACGCGCUGGCAAUACUUGCCUAUGACAGAUUGAUUGCAAUAUGUUUCCCUCUGCGUCACAACUCAAUCAACACUGUGCGGAGCAUGUGUUGCAUUGUUGGCCUUACUUGGUCUUUUGCUCUGGGAGUUACAGCGUUUACAACAAGUAUAAUGACACGACUAUCUUUCUGCAACUCUGUGAGAGUGUUCAGUUAUUUCUGUGACUAUGCACCUGUGUUUAGACUGGCCUGUAAUGAUUACACAAUGCAUUGGUCUGCGGCUUCAUGUCUCUCUGUUUUGAUCCUUGGAGGACCUUUCACUUUCAUUCUUCUGUCGUAUGUCAGCAUCCUGGUGACUGUGUUCAGGAUGAAAUCACUGGACAGUCGAGUGAAAGCUCUGGCCACUUGUGUGGAGCAUCUCAUUCUUGUUGCUGUAUUUUAUAUUCCUUUAAUUACUAUUUUUACUGUUGGGUUUUAUCUGCGAGCUAUUAACCCGGACCAGCGUGUGCUGAGUCUGUCGCUGGCCUCUUGCAUCCCACCCUGCAUCAAUCCUAUUGUUUAUUCUUUGAAAACUAAAGAGAUAAAAGUCAGAGCCCUUGCACUGGUGAGAAAAACUGAAAUUGGUACCCAACAAACAAACCAACAUAAAAAACUUUCUUGCAAAAUGAAUAAGAUGCAGCAAUAG